GUAUGCGUGUAUACUUGCAACUUGUGAUAAAUAAUUUGGACUUUAAUCAGCAACCACAGUGAAAACCAGUAGAUUCCUUGCUUGGUUGGUUGGAAAAAAAUGGAUUUGCAGCUAGGGUUUUCAUCGUAAAAGCAAGCUGACAUCCUAGUUCCAGACGUGAAACACCGGUUGUUUUUGUAUCUUAUCGGAAAAUGAAGUCAACUGCUACAGACUUCAUUCGCCGUAAAAAAUUAUUGAAGCAGGUUUUGCUAGGAUUAAUUGUUCUUCUCGGUUUGAUUUGUUUGUAUAAUGGUUCAACAUUCGCUCCUCAUUUACCGAGAGCCAAAGAAGUUAUUGCUUUGGACGACGGUACGGAUCCGGUUAUCGGAAGUUUUGUACCGAAACGUGAUUAUUUCGAUGAAUUGUUUGAAGAUCAAGAACAAAACUCUGAAGUUCCCAAAAGUUUACCUGUCUGUGAUAUGAGGCAUUCGGAGUUGAUACCUUGUUUGGAUAGACAUCUUAUAUAUCAGUUGAAGUUGAAGCUUAAUUUGUCUCUAAUGGAGCAUUAUGAACGACAUUGUCCACCUGCAGAACGACGAUAUAAUUGCCUUAUUCCGCCUCCAGUUGGAUACAAGAUCCCAAUCAGGUGGCCAGAAAGUAGGGAUGAGGUUUGGAAGGCAAACAUACCCCAUACUCAUCUUGCUCAGGAGAAAUCAGAUCAAAAUUGGAUGACAGUGGUUGGAGACAGAAUAAGGUUUCCCGGUGGAGGAACCCAUUUUCAUUCUGGUGCUGAUAAGUACAUAGCUUCCAUUGCAUCGAUGCUCAAGUUUCCUGGUGAUAAAAUCAACAAUGGAGGACAUAUCCGAUCUGUUCUUGAUGUGGGCUGUGGGGUUGCAAGUUUUGGGGCUUAUCUUUUGCCUCUAGGCAUUAUAGCGAUGUCUCUUGCACCAAAUGAUGUGCAUCAGAAUCAAAUCCAGUUUGCACUUGAGCGUGGGAUUCCAUCUACACUAGGAGUCUUGGGUACCAAAAGGCUUCCUUACCCUAGUAGAUCAUUUGAAAUGGCUCAUUGUUCACGUUGUCGGAUCGAUUGGCUCCAGAGGGAUGGGAUUCUACUUUUAGAAUUGGACAGAUUGCUUAGACCAGGAGGUUAUUUUGUGUACUCUUCACCAGAAGCAUAUGCACACGAUGCUGAAAAUCGAAGAAUUUGGAAUGGUAUGCAUGAUCUACUGAGAAAUAUGUGCUGGAGGGUCGUUUCAAGGAGAGAUCAGACCGUUAUAUGGGCUAAGUCACUAAGUAAUAGCUGUUACUUAAAGAGAGCACCGGGAACCAACCCUCCUCUAUGCAGCUCAGAAAAUGAUCCAGAUGUGAGUUGGGAUGUGCAGAUGAAGGCAUGCAUUACUCCAUACUCUGCAAAGACGCACAAACGAAAAGGGAGUGGACUUGAACCAUGGCCAAGUAGGCUUACAGGGCCUCCUCCUCGCCUCGAUGAAAUUGGUGUUAGUCCUGAUAAAUUUCUAGAAGACACUAACACAUGGUAUCAUAGAGUUAUCGAGUAUUGGAGGCAGAUGAGAUCCGUUAUACAGAAGGAUUCCAUUAGAAAUGUCAUGGAUAUGAAUUCCAAUCUUGGUGGAUUUGCUGCUGCUCUGAAAGACAAAGAUGUUUGGGUGAUGAACGUUGCUCCGGUUAAUGCAUCUUCCAGGUUGAAGAUCAUCUAUGACAGGGGAUUAAUUGGAACCGUUCAUGACUGGUGUGAAUCUUUUUCAACAUAUCCACGCACUUACGACCUUCUUCACGCCUGGAGAGUUUUCUCAGAGAUCGAGAACCGAGGCUGCAGCGUGGAAGAUUUACUGAUUGAAAUGGAUCGUAUGCUAAGGCCCGAAGGGUUUGUGAUCAUAAGAGACCAGUCCUCUGUGGUUGACCACAUUCGAAAGUUCUUGACCGCUUUAAGAUGGGAUGGAUACUCAUUAGAGGUCGAACCAAAGACCGACCCUCUCUCCCUUAGCGAAGAAAGAGUCCUAAUUGCCCGAAAACAACUUUGGGGAGACGACGAUUUAGACGAGGCGGCAAAAUUUUGAAAUCUUUAUCAGGUAACUCGAGUUCCAUAACUCUUGUUUCACACACCAACUCCAAACACAUUAUUGGUUUUAAGAACGUUUUGGGACUGAUUGAGGAAAGACCAGAUUGUAGUUUUUAGGAAGGGGAAACGAUGCAGAUUUGCAGAACAUAUAUUGGACAUAUUUUCGUUUUGAAAAAUUUCCAUCGAAGCACGGAGAAGAGGCAUUGUAAAUCUCUUUAAGGCAUUUGAUAAAAGAAGGGAAUAGAAGUAGCAAACACACUUGCCAUAAAUAGAAAUAGAUAAGCAGCAAGUAUUAAGGGUUUAAUCUUUUUCAUGUAUUCAACAUUUUGAUAUCUAUGGGAAUAUUGUGUAUCACUGAAUGCUAUUAAUUUGUUCUUUUGAAAAAUGUUGUGCUAAAA